GACGCGCCCCGCAGGCAUAGCUUUACACUGGAAAGUAGCAUUCUCCUACCAUCAAUCAGCUCUUCUUUGGCGUACGAGUCUGAAACACUCAGCCAAAGGAAAAGUGGAAAAAUCCCUUACUUCUCCUUAGGGCAAAGAAUCGAUUAAAAUCACAGCUCUCCUCUCCAAAACCUAGUCAAAUUUCUUCCUCAACCAAUGCAAAAAAUGGAAAUCCUUCGGUCGAACCUCUCCCGCGUACGAAUUCCAGAACCUACUAAUCGCAUUUACAAGCAAGAAUGCUGCGUCUCUUUCGACACUCCGAAAUCUGAGGGUGGCCUAUUUGUGGAUAUGUUUACAUUUCUCGCAUUUGGGAAGGAUUAUGUGGGAUGGAACUAUGAGAAGACAAAAGACCCAGUCUAUUUACAUAUAAAGCAGACUGUGAAGCCAGUUGGUGAAGACAGACCUUCAAAGAAACCGACACUCUUAGCUAUAGGUGUGGAUGGAGGAUUUGAUAAUAAUGACCCUGAAUACGAAGAAAGCUACGAAAUAGUUAUUUUGCCAGAUUAUGUAUCUCUUCCUUUUCCAUCCGUUGAGUUACCUGAAAAGGUAAGAUUGGCUGUUGAUGCUGUUUUAAUGGCUGAAGGAGCAGAGAGGAAAGAGCAAGUUGCUGCAUGGACAGCUGAUAAGAAGAACAUCAGUAAAUAUGCCAUGAAUCUCAACCAGCUUGAUAACGGCAUUAUUGUUCCUCCGACAGGGUGGAAAUGUGCCAAGUGUGAUAAGACUGAAAAUCUGUGGUUAAAUUUGACUGAUGGUUCAAUAUUGUGUGGUCGAAGAAAUUGGGAUGGAAGUGGUGGUAACGAUCAUGCUGUCAACCAUUAUAAAGAAACCAACUACCCACUUGCGGUGAAGCUUGGUACCAUAACUUCUGACUUGGAGGGAGCAGAUGUUUUUUCUUAUGCGGAGGAUGAAAGUGUGGAGGAUCCUCUUUUAGCACAGCAUCUUGCACAUUUUGGUAUCGACUUUUCAUCCUUACAAAAGACUGAGAUGACUACUGCUGAGAUGGAACUUGAUCAGAAUACCAAUUUUGAUUGGAAUCGGAUUCAGGAAAGUGGAGAGGAUAUUGAACCACUAUUUGGACCUGGUUACACUGGAUUGGUCAAUCUUGGAAAUAGUUGCUAUUUGGCUGCAACUAUGCAAGUAGUGUUCUCAACGCGUUCCUUCUGCUUACGAUAUUACGAGGAUCAGAGUUUGAAAAGGGCUUUUGACACUGCUUUAUCUGAUGCGGCUGUAGACCUCAACAUGCAGCUAACAAAGUUGGCGCAUGGCAUGCUUUCUGGUAAAUAUUCAAUUCCUGCUGCAGAGAAACAGGAGGGAAUCCGUCCCCGCAUGUUUAAGUCCGUGAUUGCUGCGAGCCACCCUGAAUUUUCAACAAUGAGACAACAGGAUGCACUGGAAUUUUUCCUGCACUUUAUUGACCAAGUUGAACGAACGCAUUCAGAAAGUCCUUCUAUUGAUCCUUCAAGGAGUUUUAAAUUUGGUAUUGAAGAGCGAUUGCAAUGUCCAUCUGGCAAAGUUGCUUACAAUCAGAGGAGUGACUAUAUUCUAUCCCUAAACAUUCCAUUGCACAAAGCUACAAACAGGAAUGAGUUAGAAGCAUUCGAAAAAUUGAAGGCCGAGAAGCAUGCAGAAGGGAAGGAAGUGUCUGCCGAGGAAAUUGUCCGCCCAAGGGUGCCAUUGAAGGAUUGCUUAGAUUGCUUUUCAGCGCCAGAAGAGGUGCACGAUUUUUACAGCUCAGCGUUGAAGUCCAAGACAACAGCAAUUAAAACUGCUGGUCUGACCUCAUUUCCUGAUUAUCUGGUGUUGCACAUGCGGAAAUUUGUCCUUGAGGCAGGCUGGGUGCCAAAAAAACUUGAUGUCUAUAUAGAUGUUCCUGAUAUCAUUGACAUCAGUUAUAUGCGCAGCAAGGGUUUUCAACCAGGGGAAGAGCUGUUACCUGAAACUACUGAUGAAGAUAUACCUCUGGCUGAUGAGACUAUCGUUGCCCAGCUCACUUCAAUGGGAUUCAAUCAUCUUCAUUGUCAAAAGGCUGCCAUUAACACUUCAAAUACUGGAGUGGAAGAGGCUAUGAAUUGGUUAUUUGCUCAUAUGGAGGACCCUGACAUCAACGCUCCCAUGUCCAAGAAGGCACAAAGUUCGGAUGCCCCCCUUUUUGAUCAAUCGAAAGUUGAGGCUUUGGUUUCUUUUGGUUUCCCUGAAGAACUUGCUAGGAAAGCUCUCCAGGCAUCGGGUGGUGACAUUGAGAAAGCAACAAAUUGGAUUUUUGACAAUCCUGAUGCUUCUAAUAGCGCACCAGCCAGUGACGCUGCUUUACCUGAUGGAGGAGGGAGGUACAGGCUCAUUGGAAUAGUGAGUCAUAUUGGUACGUCCACCCAUUGUGGUCAUUAUGUUGCUCACGUCUACAAGAAUGGUGGUUGGGUGAUUUUCAAUGAUGAGAAGGUCGGUGUUUCAAAAAACCCUCCAGUUGACAUGGGAUACUUGUACUUCUUUGAGAGAUUGGAAUAACUGGGGAGAUUCAAAUCGAGAGACAGAUACAGCUUUAUUGAGACACUUCAAUGUUGGGAACAGGCAAUUUUAAGCAGCCUCUGGGAGUCCAGGACCUUUGCUUAUGCUAACCGCAAGGAUGGGCCCUUUACGGUCUUGACAAAUUUCCGAAACCCGUGGUGCGAGAUCCGUUGAGUGGCUUAGAAUCUCCAUCCUAGUCUUAAAAAGUACUGAUGUUCAACGGAUAGCCUUGCAAACCCAUUCUUAAGUUCCCAUACCAAAAUUGUCUCUCAUUUUGCUUCGGUAUAGUUUCUGGUUGGUUAUUAGUUGGACAGAUGAUCUCGAUUCGAUGAGAAUAUUGACAGUAAUCGGUUUAUGGUUUGUGGUUUAGCGGCUUCA